CUCUGGUGCAUCGUUGAUUUCUAUCGGCUCCCGUCUUCAAGUUCCAUCUCUGAACUCGGGAAAGAUGCUAUCCAGCGUGAAAAGAGUUGCAUUUCCCAUUCAACAGAGAGCUGCGCCUCUCAACUUCAGAACCAGAGGCCUUCAGAUUUCUUGUGCUGCCAAGCCUGAUACCGUGGACAAAGUUUGCUCCAUUGUUAAGAAGCAGCUUGCACUGGCUGACAGUGUCUCUGUCUCCGGUGAAUCCAAGUUCACUGAUCUCGGAGCUGAUUCUCUUGAUACGGUUGAAAUUGUGAUGGGGCUUGAGGAGGCAUUUGGCAUAACUGUGGAAGAGGACAGUGCCCAGUCAAUUGUGUCAGUUCAGGAUGCUGCGGACCUCAUAGAGAAGCUUGUUGGCAACAAUAAGGACUCUUAAGCCCAGUGGAGAGGCAUUAUACUGUUUUUUCAUUACUGUACUAGGAUCUGGAGCUGUCUUUGAUAUUUGUUUCUUUUUCUCUUUGUCGGACCAAAGAAAUGAUUACCAGUAUC